UUGUUUCGUGAAAUAAGAGACAAUUAUUUUACUUUUUCUAUUGAUGUAAGCUGCAUAAGAAGAUGGCCGACUUUGGAGAUAAAAAAUGUGACUCGGAAGAACUACUGCUACAACGUCAAAGGAAAGAGAAGAAGGAUCUCCAAGCUGAAAUUCAGAAAUUGAAGCAUGGUGUCACCAAGGGAGAUAAAAAGAAAAAGAAAGAAACUACAGAAAAGAUUGCAUUACUAGAAGCUGAACUGACUGCUAAACAUCAGAAGGAACUGGCAGAGCUUAAAGACAAUAAUAUUGUAGAGGAAGAUGCUGAAAUUGAAGAAGUUGUUAAUUCAGUGGACAAAUUGAGCACUGAGGACCAUGAUGGACAAGAUGAAGUGGUACAACAAUCAGCAAAACCAAAGAAACAAAGUAAAGCACAGAAAAGAAGGAACAAGAAAGCAGCUAAGGAUGAAGAGAGGGAAGAGAGAAUAAGAGAACAAGAGAUAGAGAACCUGACAUCAUCUAGACAUAUGGAAGCUGUGAAAAUAAAGUCAGUCCUUAAACAGAGAGGUCUACAGAUACAUGAGAUUCCCUCUGAUGGUAAUUGUUUAUAUGCAGCAGUUGCCCAUCAGUUGGAGGACAGAAAAAUCUCAAGUAGUGUGGACAGUUUGAGGACUCAAGUUGCUAAGUACAUGAGGGAGCAUGCUGACGACUUUCUUCCAUUUCUAUCUAAAGAUAAUGGUGACUGCUUUACACAAGAUGAUUUUGAAGCUUACUGUAAUGAUUUAGAGACUACACCAGCAUGGGGAGGACAGUUGGAGAUACAAGCAUUGUGUAAUGUGUUACGGAUACCUGUAGAAGUUGUUCAAUCUGAAGGCCCAUCAAUACUUACUGGAGAACAUUAUGGUGGCAAUCCACUAGUUUUAACAUAUUACAGACAUGCAUAUGGACUAGGAGAACACUACCACUCUGUGGAAGAGAAAGUUGACAAUCCUGAGGACGACUUUACAUGACACAAGUUGUGAUGGGUAUUCACAAGGAAAACUUUAAUAUUGUUAGAUUUCAUCCACUGAAGUCAGACACAAUCACUCAAGUAUAAAAUGAAAAUACCAACCUGACAUCAAUGCCAUUUUGAUUUAUAUAUUUAUUGAUAUUCUAGGGCAUUUUAAAAUCUUACGUUGAAAACUUUGCAAUAUUUUUAUUAGGAAUGUUAGUGGUGUUUAGUGUGAAAUGUUUUUAUUUUAGUUUAUGGAAAUUUCAAACUAUUUGAAACAAAUAUUUUAAUAUAUAUUGGAAUGAAUCGAUUAACUUUGCAAAAGAUUUUAAUCAAUUUUGCUAGGAUUUUUAUUUGCUGAAUACCUGCUUUUACAGACAGGUAUUUACUACAUGUAUAACAUUCUGAUAUAUACACAGUUAAAAUGUAUAUGUUGGGCUAGUUGAAGACAAACAAUUUUUAAGCCAUUGAGAAGCAUCUCCGUUAUAUGGGUUUGUUAGUUCUUGCCAUGAAGAUUAAGCAAUUCAAGCAUUAAGAAAGUUGAUUGCACAGUAGUUCCCAGUGAUUAUUAAAUUUGAUUAUACUUUCUUUGAAUGAUGACCAUAUUUAAAUAACAUUUUAAGGAUAACCUGGCUGUAGGAUUUCCAGCGCUGUUUCUAUGUCAUAAAUCAUUUUUGAGAAUAUAUUUGUUUUGGUCACAAAGUUCAAGUUGUUUCAUUGUGCAUCAACAAUUUGGAGAAGGGGAAGUUUUAUAUCAUUAUCUAAAACCAAGAUUUUACAAUCUCUUCACAUAUUUUAUUUAUAUUUUAGAUAUAUCAUAGUGUAAUGCUGUUUAAUAAAAAUAAAGCAAUUUUAUAUAUGUG